AUGAUAGGGAUCCGAGACGACGACACAUUGCCCGCCUAUACUCACGACCCUUUCUAUCAACGAAUCCUGCGCACCAUUGCGUAUAGCUUGCAACAUCCUAAAGCAACGGAUCCCAAUGGAACUCGCAAUCCAUACUUUUCCUUGGGGAGAUUUAUCGACUCUUAUAUCCACAGCCGUGGAAACAAUAUCGCGAAGUCUCAGUUCAAUGCCUUUUGCAUUGUGGAAACAGAAGAGAAAACCAUCCCAGACCACUAUGGUCACAGCUCGGCAGCUUCCAGGGUCAGACGCAAACCCACUGAAGCAGAGAAAAAAAUGGAUCGUCUUUAUCGCCGAGCUCUAGUAUUUCCCACCCUUAACGGCAGUAACCCGCACGAAGAAUCUUUGGAGGAACGCCCUGUGGAGCAAUGCGCUGAAAACAUUGCAUUACCUUACAUCCUGAAGGCUGCCAUCCAGUUUUUGGCUAACAAUGAACAAGGCAAUCGAGUGAUCAGUGUAUAUUCUUUGAGUAUGAGUACCGCUAAAGAACCGAUAGCAUUCUGCCUGAAUUGCAGGCGCCAUGCUACAGAUCUUGUUAGAAAGACUCUGGGCUUACGAAUUGUGGAUAGGGCACAUGUAAUAUAUCAAUCCGAUGCCACUUAUGCACUAUGGGCCAGUGACCAACAAGGAGAUUUUUCGUCAAAUAGCAAUGCAUAG